ACUUGUUUGAGGAGAUUAGGGUUAAGUCCCGGGAGGAUCUUCGCCGUGUUCCUUUGGUGAUCCCGUGGAUUUUUCAAGGGAAGGGAAACCCACUGUCACUCGUGUGUGUGUGUGUGUGUGUGUGUGUGUGUGUGUGUGGAAGACCUUCGCUUGCAGCCAGUAAGUGUCCGAUCCGUCCUCCAGCCGCGGGGUUGCAUUGCACAAGAGUCUAUGUGCUGUGCGCAAACCGCGUCGUGACAUUUGAAACGAUCGAACGCGUCGGUGCGCGGAGAGCGCGCGUCCGCGGCCGCUGCUCAGGCUGGGCAGUGAGCAGCGCAUUGUACCAUGGUAGAGCCUGACCCGGAACAAAUGGCCUCUGGAGCUGGCCAGCGUCUCGGAGCCCCAGAGACUCUUGGCAUCAGUACGUUGGACCCCGGACACAAACCUCCGUCCAUGCCCUCCGGACGACAUGUUACCAUCAGGGUCCGUAUGUUGGACGACACAGAGGAGCUCUUUGACAUCUCGCAAAAGGCCUCAGGCAAAGUGCUGUUUGACCUGGUGUGCUCCCACAUGAACCUCAUAGAGGGCGACUACUUUGGCUUGGAGUUUCAGAACCAUCAAAAGAUGACGGUUUGGUUAGAUCAUAUCAAGCCCAUUAUCAAGCAGCUCCGACGACCGAAGCACACGAUCCUGAGGUUUGCUGUGAAGUUCUUCCCUCCCGACCAUGCCCAGCUACUGGAGGAGUUGACAAGGUACCUAUUUGCCCUCCAGAUCAAACAGGAUCUUUCCUGUGGACGUCUGACCUGCAAUGACAGCAGUGCCGCGCUGAUGGUCUCCCACAUUAUCCAGUCUGAGAUUGGGGACUUUGAGGAGAGUCAGUGUCGGUCACACCUCCUCAACAACAACUACAUCCCUGAUCAAAUGCCCCUGAUUGACAAGAUCAUGGAGUUUCACUCAAAGAAUCUAGGACUAACACCAUCAGAAUCGGACUAUCAGUUACUAGAAGUGGCGCGUAGGCUGGAGAUGUACGGGAUUCGCCUUCACCCCGCCAAGGAUCGCGAGGGCACGGACUUGAGCUUGGCUGUGGCGCACACCGGUGUCCUGGUCUUUCAGGGACACACAAGGAUUAACGCUUUCAACUGGUCUAGAGUUCGCAAACUGAGCUUCAAGAGGAAACGCUUCCUCAUCAAGCUGAGGCCAGAUUUAAAUAGUUCGUAUCAGGACACUCUGGAGUUUCUGAUGGCCAGCAGGGACUGUUGCAAAGUCUUCUGGAAGAUCUGUGUUGAGUACCACGCCUUCUUCCGCCUCUUUGAGGAACCCAAGCCCAAACCCAAGCCUGUGCUCUUCACACGAGGUUCCUCCUUCAGAUUCAGCGGCCGCACGCAGAAGCAGGUGAUUGAUUACGUGAAGGAGUCUGAGUUCAAGAAGAUCCCGUUUGACAGGAAACACAGUCGGGUGCAACACAACAGCCGCCUGUCGCCGUUGCCUUCUGCGCGUCACCAUGAAGUGCCAACAGAAAGGGGCGGCCCCGGCGACAGAGUCGACUCUCCUCUCCAGCAGCAUUGGACAGAGUCGGUGUUGGUGAGUGCGGAAAACCCCUCAGCCUCACGGCCGACGAGGGCGAGCCCCUCCCACCGGAUCAACGGCCACGACAACAGAACGGGGUCUGUGUCUGGGACAGAGGAGAGGAGAGGCUCAACACGCCAGACCCCACCAGAGCAUCAGAGUACAGCUGUGGCGUCCAACAGUCCCCACCUGUCGCCGUCCUCCGCUCACUCCCACGGCAUGGUCAACGGGCAGAAGUCACUGGAGCUGUGCGGCCAGAGUCCCGACGGCCGGCAGCCGUCCCCGCUCACCAGCCCGCUGCUCUACGACGCCGGCAGCGUUCGCACUGACGACGAGGACGACGUUCGGAGGAAGAGGUUUCCAACAGAUCGGGCCUACUUCAUUGCCAAGGAGCUGCUGACCACAGAGAGAACGUAUCUGAAGGACCUGGAGGUGAUAACUGUGUCUUUUCAGAGUGCAGUGGGACAAGAUGAGGCCACGCCGGACUCUCUGAAGAGCAGCGUCCUCUCCACCUUCGAGCCUCUGCACAAGUUCCACACAGGUUUUCUCAGGGAGGUGGAGCAGAGGCUGGCUCUGUGGGAAGGACGUUCCAACGCUCACAUCAAAGGAGACUACCAGCGCAUUGGCGAUGUCAUGUUGAAGAACCUUCAAGGUUUGAAGCCGCUGACAGCCAGCCUGCACAAGCAGUCUGAAGUUCUGUUGGAGCUGGAGAAGGCGUGCAGGGCGUCCCGCAAGCUGGAGGGUCUCUGCAGGGACUUUGAGCUGCAAAAGGUCUGUUACGUCCCACUGAAUGUCUUCAUUCUGCGGCCGCUGCACCGCCUCAGUCACUACAAGCAGAUCCUGGAGCGCCUGUGCAAACACUACCCCGCCACCCACGUGGACUUCAGGGACUGCAGAGCUGCUCUGGCAGACGUGUCCGAGGUGGUGGACCAGCUCCAGGGGAGCCUGAUCAAGAUGGAGAACUUCCAGAAGCUCUUGGAGCUGAAGAAGGAUUUGAUCGGCGUCGACAAUCUCGUUGCUCCUGGUCGGGAGUUCAUCCGGUUAGGUUGCCUCAGCAAACUGUCUGGAAAAGGCCUACAGCAGCGAAUGUUCUUCUUGUUCAACGAUGUCAUAUUGUACACGAGUCGAGGGAUGACGGGGACCAAUCAGUUCAAAGUGCACGGACAGCUGCCGCUGCAUGGCAUGACAAUCAGGGAGAGUGAAGAUGAGUGGGGUGUGCCUCACGCCUUCACGCUGGUUGGACAGCGACAGUCGGUGGUGGUGGCUGCGAGUUCACUGACAGAGAUGGAGAAGUGGAUGGAGGACAUACAGACGGCCAUAAAGACGGCAAAAACCAGCAACGGGCCGUCGUCUGACCUGCUGAGCUGCAACCUGACGGACAACAAAUGCCCUGAGGACUCCUCGGUGGAGGCAGAGUCUGAGGAUGACGCGACCGCGUCGCACACCGCGCUGGAGAGGCCCGCCCCUCACCGUGGUAACACCAUGGUGCACGUGUGCUGGCACAGGAACACCAGUGUGUCCAUGGUGGACUUUAGCAUAGCUGUGGAGAAUCAACUGUCAGGAAAUCUACUGAGGAAGUUCAAGAACAGUAACGGCUGGCAGAAGCUCUGGGUGGUCUUCACCAACUUCAGCCUGUUUUUCUACAAGUCUCACCAGGAUGAUUAUCCUCUGGCCAGCCUUCCUCUGCUGGGCUACUCGGUCACCGUCCCCUCGGACUCUGAAAACAUUCACAAGGACUACGUCUUCAAGCUGCAUUUCAAGUCCCACAUCUAUUAUUUCCGAACAGAGAGUGAAUACACGUUUGAGAGGUGGAUGGAGGUCAUCCGCAGCGCCACGGUCCCCUCCAGGCACAACCGCGUGCUGAACAACAAAGAGUCCCAUCCUCACUGAGUUCACUCGUUUCCACGCUCCGUCUCCCCUCGGGUGGCAUCCGCUCUUCCUGCCCCGCCCCACUGGACUCUUUGCUUUUCUUUUCUACAUAAACCCGGGACAUUUGUACAUGUGUCCAUGCACAUUUGGUGCUUUUUAAUGCUUUAAUGGUGACAUGUCCGCUGGUUUAGACUGCAUCAGAGACUGCAUUUUUUGGCAUUUUUACUCUCAACUCUGAAACCUCUUUUUAAGGAUGUCAUUUUAUACUGUUUUCUAAUGGUCUGAACCACUUCCUAUCUUUCUGGUUUUACAUUUUUGCCAUCGGUUGUUUUUACAGCAGUAAACACGUCGAUAUAGAUAUUCAGAAUCCUUUCAUAGAUGAUAAAACCAUCACUGCAUUGUCAUAACACUUUUGUCUACUUGUUUGUUUUAUUCAAAACAGCUGCUUUCAAAAGAAAAAAUGUCCUGCAACUUCAGUGCCAAACUGUUUAUAUCGACAUCCUGGAACUUUUUAAUGCUAUUUUGUUACAUUGGGGAUAAUGCGAUAUACCAUGAGAUUAAAAAGAAAAUCAUGUAAAACAGGUCACCUUUUAAAGGUCAAUGCUGCGUUCACACCUGGCCCAGCACAAUGUGUUCAUGUUGAAAAAAGGUGAUGAAAAUACAAAAUUAUUUUGUUGUAUUAUUAUUGACAUAACCCUAGGAUUGAUAAGAGUGUGGCCAGACGUAGCUGCCAUCACCACUAAUGCCAUUUUAAGUAAAUAUUCUAUUUGCUGAUGUUUGUUGUAUGAAUACGUCUCAGACUGUUAAUCUUUUUCCUUAUGAAUCUUAAGUUCCCCUCCAGCAGUGAAAUGCAAGAGAAUUGUUCAUAAUCAUUGUAUUAUGAAGAUGAGUGUAAUUGAAAGCUUUAAGGAUUAUGUGUGAAACAAAGUAGAGACUUUCAGUUUUAAGUGCUGUCGCCCUCACUGAACUAGGCUGCCUCCCGUAUUAUGAAGACACCAGAUCUUUUUUUUUAUGGGUCUAAAUUAAUGGAAAUAUGCAUUUGACAGGGUUUUUGCGGUGACGCAAAUGAGAUGGGAAAACCUCAGUUCUGCUGUAGAAUUGCAGUUGUUUUUUUCCAGACAUCAGAGAGCUCUUUGGAAAUGAAAGCAAUAAAAACACAUUCAAACUUUGA